GCCGAAGGCUCUAACACGGACAAUCAGGCUCCCGAAUCGACUGGUAUCCAUCGUCAGCGGCUGGCAGCGAAGAUUGGGGGGCUAGUCCUCCUGAAGUCGCCACAGUGUUCGUGUCCUGGGUACAACGUUCAUAAACGUUGCAUGCACGCCCGUCAUAGGGAAUCCUCAAGCUAUCCGUACUGCCUGCAAUAUGUCUCGAUCGGUGGUACAAUAGGUUUCACAGGGAUCCUGUGCACAACUGCUUCGAGCCGAAGCGCCACUACCCAAUCUGGCUUUUCACGCUCUCCCGCGCAGCCUUUUUGAGCGACUUGAUACGGUCCUCAUCACCAUGCAAUAUCAUGGACGGCGCUCGCUCUCCUCCCUGUUUCGCAAACACUUCUGCGAUCUGCGCUAAACAAAUGGCAUUUCGCUACCUCUGUGUAACCGUCGAAUUUCGCUCUCUAUCUACGACCAGCUUGGACGAACCCACGCAGCGGCGAUGUGACUCGUCAUCUCAGUCGCGGCCCAGCUAUGAAUAAAGUAAGGGGCAGGA